UCUCUCUCUCUCUCUCUCUCUCUCUCUCCACUCUAUCUAACACACAAACACAAGCGUCAUUUACUUGCUUCUUCAACGCUACCUAGCUAGCUCCACAACACGCAACAACAAUAUUAAUAAACAACCUUAAAAUACUCACUUCAUGAUUCUCACGUUCCACAACACAACACUUUUUCUUCAAUCCAACUCAACUCUUAUUACUAUUUCUCAUUUCUUAAAAUUAAAUCACCAUUUUCUCAACAAAUCUUACAUCUUACCACUUUCUUAAUUCACAUAUUUUUUUUAUAUUACAAAGUAAAAGCCUUUUUCAUUGCCACCCAUGACACAAAUUCUCCACUCUCCACCCCAUUUUGCUCCAUCAACAACAACCUCUUCUCCUUCUCCUUCUUCUUCCUCUCCUCUCUCUUCAUUCUCUUGCCAUGCCAUUUUUCAACCUCCCUCACACCCACAUUUUCCACUUUUUGAACUUCUAUUGACCCUUUUCAGAAAAUCUUUGUUUCCUUUCAAGAAUAGUGCCACCAAGACCCUCUGCAAUAUGGACAUUAGUCCUCCUACUAACGUGCGCCAUGUUGCGCAUGUUACCUUUGAUAGGUUCAAUGGUUUCUUGGGUUUGCCUGAUGAGUUUGAACCUGAUGUGCCCAGAAGACCUCCUAGUGCUAGUGCAACUGUUUUUGGAGUUUCAACAGAAUCCAUGCAAUUAUCUUAUGACUCAAGAGGGAACAGUGUGCCAACAAUUCUUCUGUUAAUGCAAAGGCAUCUCUAUGUUCAAGGAGGGUUGCAGGUGGAGGGGAUUUUCAGAAUUAAUCCAGAUAAUACUCAAGAGGAACAUGUUAGGGAUCAAUUGAACUUAGGAAAUGUCCCUGAUGGGAUUGAUGUACAUUGUUUGGCAGGACUAAUUAAGGCAUGGUUUAGGGAGCUUCCUACCGCCAUUCUCGACUCAUUAUCACAAGAGCAGGUGAUGCAAUGCCAGACUGAGGAAGAGUGUAUUGAACUAGUGAAGCAUUUACCUCAUACAGAAGCUACACUCUUGGAUUGGGCCGUCAAUCUGAUGGCUGACGUUGUCCAACAUGAACAUCUUAAUAAGAUGAAUGCACGCAACAUUGCCAUGGUUUUCGCACCAAACAUGACUAAGAUGGCAGAUCCAUUCACUGCAUUAAUGUAUGCAGUUCAAGUGAUGAAUUUCUUGAAGACACUUAUAAUAAGGACGCUACGAGAAAGAAUGGAUUCUGUGGUGGAAUCUAAUCCUAAAUUGAAUUUAGAACCUUCUGAUGAGAAUGGACACCAUAGACUUUUGAAAUCAUGCCAGCAAGAAGAUACUGCAGUAGACAAUGAAGAGGCUCAAGAGGAAAACUUUGUUUCAGAGAAACCUGUCUUAGAAUGUUCAACUGAAUCCCUCCAAAAUAACUCCUCAACUGGAGGAGAAUCUGGUAGUUUGAUAAGCACUUCUGAGAAUCCAGUUUGCAAUGAGGACUUGUAUUGUGAGUUUCCGCCCAAAAGAAACAUGGGGAAGAAUAAGUCUGGUCAAUCAAGUAGUUCAAAUGCUAGAAAAGGGUCUAAAAAGACAAGAGGCCAGCAACAUGUGAUCAAUGAAAAAGUGUUGGUUGAGAAAAAGGGAAUGAGGACUUUGAGCAACACUGAUACAAGAUCCGACAGAGUAGAAGCGUGGCGGUAAAAGAAUCACUCAAUUGUAAAUUGAUUAUUUCACAUUGUGUUAUUGUAAGUUUGUCUAAAAGUCUCAUGUUGCAAAUUUGUAAGGGAAGUUUGUGAAGUGAUUGAUUCCAUUAUGUUUUCUAUAUUUACUUGGUUUGUUUAAUUUAUCUGUUUUUCAAUAAUAACAAUAUUAUGAUUACACUAACAUUGUAAUGAAAUCUCAUUCCCUCUUCA